CGGGGCUGGUGGGCGAUCGUGAGGCGCCGGAGGACGUUCCCUGCGGCCGGAGCCAUGGAGAUGCCUCUGCCGCCCGACGACCAAGAGCUUCGAAAUGUCAUCGACAAGCUGGCCCAGUUCGUGGCUCGCAACGGGCCCGAGUUUGAGAAGAUGACGAUGGAGAAGCAAAAGGACAACCCGAAAUUCUCGUUUCUGUUCGGAGGCGAGUUCUACAGUUACUACAAGUGCAAGCUAGCGCUGGAGCAGCAGCAGCUCAUCUGCAAGCAGCAGGCCCCGGAGCUGGAGCCGGCCGCAGCGCUGCCUCCCCUGCCGCAGCCCCCGCUGGCCCCGGCUGCGCCCAUCCCACCAGCCCAGGGAGCCCCAUCCAUGGACGAGCUCAUCCAGCAGAGCCAGUGGAACCUGCAGCAGCAGGAGCAGCACCUGUUAGCCCUCAGACAGGAGCAGGUGACCGCGGCUGUGGCCCACGCCGUAGAGCAGCAGAUGCAGAAGCUCCUGGAGGAGACCCAGUUGGACAUGAAUGAGUUUGACAACCUGUUGCAACCCAUCAUUGACACAUGUACCAAAGAUGCCAUCUCGGCCGGGAAGAACUGGAUGUUCAGCAACGCCAAGUCUCCCCCGCACUGUGAGCUGAUGGCGGGCCACCUCCGGAACCGCAUCACAGCCGACGGGGCGCACUUCGAGCUGCGGCUGCACCUCAUCUACCUGAUUAACGAUGUCCUGCACCACUGCCCUCCCGAGGCCAGGCCGGUGUUCGCUCUUGUGCCGCGUCUGGUCCCUUAUGAUAGAGUGCCGGCCACUCUCCGCUUUCCCUGCCAGGCGACACUCAUCAAUGAGUACUCCUCGGUGGUCCAGCCGGUGCAGCUUGCCUUCCAGCAGCAGAUCCAGACCCUGAAGACGCAGCACGAGGAGUUCGUCAACAGCCUGGCCCAGCAGCAGCAGCAGCAAAUUCAGAUGCCACAAAUGGAGGCCGAGGUCAAGGCCACCCCGCCGCCACCUGCCCCGCCGCCGGCCCCCACGCCUGCCCCUGCCAUCCCGCCAACCACCCAGCCUGAUGACAGCAAGCCUCCUAUCCAGAUGCCCGGCUCCUCUGAGUAUGACGGCUCGGGAGGAGUCCAGGAUCCUGCCUCUGCCGGCCCCCGGGGCCCUGGGCCCCACGAUCAGAUCCCACCCAACAAGCCCCCGUGGUUUGACCAGCCUCAUCCCGUCGCUCCUUGGGGCCAACAGCAGCCUCCCGAGCAGCCGCCUUACCCGCACCAUCAGGGCGGGCCGCCCCACUGUCCACCCUGGAACAACAGCCACGAGGGCAUGUGGGGUGAGCAGCGCGGAGACCCCGGCUGGAAUGGCCAGCGUGACGCGCCCUGGAACAGCCAGCCCGACCCCAACUGGAACAGCCAGUUCGAGGGCCCCUGGAACAGCCAGCACGAGCAGCCGCCGUGGGGCGGGGGCCAGCGUGAGCCGCCCUUCCGCAUGCAGCGGCCGCCGCACUUCCGGGGCCCCUUCCCGCCGCACCAGCAGCACCCGCAGUUCAACCAGCCGCCGCACCCCCACAACUUCAACCGCUUCCCGCCCCGCUUCAUGCAGGACGACUUCCCCCCGCGGCACCCCUUUGAGCGGCCGCCCUACCCUCACCGCUUCGACUACCCCCAGGGGGACUUCCCUGCUGAGAUGGGACCCCCUCACCACCACCCUGGCCACCGCAUGCCUCAUCCUGGGAUCAACGAGCACCCACCCUGGGGUGGGCCCCAGCAUCCCGACUUCGGCCCUCCUCCCCAUGGCUUCAAUGGGCAGCCCCCCCACAUGCGGCGACAGGGCCCUCCCCACAUCAACCACGACGACCCUAGCCUGGUGCCCAACGUGCCCUACUUCGAUCUGCCCGCGGGGCUGAUGGCCCCCCUCGUGAAGCUGGAAGACCAUGAGUACAAGCCUUUGGACCCAAAAGACAUCCGCCUCCCGCCACCCAUGCCGCCCAGUGAGAGGCUGCUGGCGGCCGUGGAGGCCUUUUACAGCCCCCCGUCCCACGACAGGCCCAGGAACAGCGAAGGCUGGGAGCAGAAUGGCCUCUAUGAGUUCUUUCGAGCAAAAAUGCGGGCGCGGCGGAGGAAGGGCCAGGAAAAGCGCAACAGCGGCCCCUCGCGGUCCCGGAGCCGGUCCAAAAGCCGAGGGCGCUCUUCCUCCCGCUCCAACUCGAGGUCGUCCAAGUCGUCGGGCUCGUACUCCCGGUCCAGGUCACGCUCGUGCUCGCGCUCCUACUCCCGCUCCCGCUCCAGGAGCCGCAGCCGCUCGCGCUCAUCCCGCAGCCGCUCCCGCUCGCGCUCGCGCUCCCGCUCCAAGUCCUACUCCCCGGGAAGGAGACGUCGGUCGCGGUCCAGGAGCCCCACCCCGCCUUCCUCGGCUGGUCUGGGUUCUAAUUCAGCACCUCCUAUACCUGAUUCAAGGCUCGGGGAAGAGAACAAAGGACAUCAGAUGCUGGUGAAAAUGGGCUGGAGUGGAUCUGGUGGCCUCGGCGUGAAAGAGCAAGGGAUCCAGGACCCCAUCAAGGGGGGGGACGUCCGGGACAAGUGGGACCAGUACAAGGGUGUGGGCGUGGCCCUGGACGACCCCUACGAGAACUACCGCCGGAACAAGAGCUACUCCUUCAUCGCCCGCAUGAAGGCCAGGGACGAGUGCAAGUAGGCGCUCCGCGGGCAGGAGCCGUUGGGACCUUCCUGGCUUACUGGCAGUGACAGAUGGUAGGGACAGCUCGGUG